UGUUGUUAGUUGUCUUGUUCGACAUGGCAGACGAUUUGGGGCUGGAAACUGUUUCCUUGGCGAAAGCUUCAGGUGAAGGAGUGAAAUGCAUUUGUCACAACCCGAAUUUUCCUGCUCAUCAGCCUCUCAAGCGCUUGACGGAGACUACCUGGACUACCCUAUGGAAUGCAGCUGAGACGAAGAGAGAUGACACUUGGAUGUCGAUCGGAAAUCUUGAUAGAGAAACUUGCGGCGAAGUUCUAUACCACAAAGCCUGCUACAAGUGGUACACAAACAAAAAGACUUUGAAGAAGACAGCCGUUGCUGAGUCUGUCCGGCCCGUCGAGGCUGUUGGUGGCGACGAAGGCAGUGAAGGUGAUGAUGAGGAUGAUGAUGACAGUGAUGACAGCGAGCCUGAGCAAAGAGAUGUUGAGCCCCCCAAAAAGCGGACCCGUUCCAGUGGGAGCCAGACAGAUUUAAAUUUGUGCCUAUUCUGCCAGCACCUGUCAAAAAGAAGAAGUGGGAAAAAGGAGCCACUGACCCAAUGCAUAUCGUUCAGUGCGAGCAAUAACAUCGUCAAUGCUGCAACAAUUCGCAGUGACUCGCGGGUCUUGAGGGAGGUGUCUGGUGGAGAUGCAAUCGCCAGGGAAAUCAAGUAUCACCGCUCGUGCCUGGCCAACUACACUCACAAGAGGACACUCGAGGGCCUGACGAAGCCCACAGUGUCCACUACAGCACCGUCCCUGGGUCAUACUGACAGCUUCGGUGCAGCAUUUGCCCAGGUGACCAUGUCCGUGCAGACACUUGUCCUAUCUCAAAGUAAGGUAGACGUCGGUGCUUGUGUGAGCAUGGCCAGCAUGCGCCGGAAGUAUGCCACCCUCCUGUCUUCCAUUGGCGUCAACGACCCACCCAGGUGGCGUUUAUUUGCUCUGAAACAGCUGCUAGUUGAUUAUUUCCAGGAACAGAUCUUGUUCUUCAGCUGUCCAAGCCGACCAACUGCCGGGGAAUUUGUGAUUUCCUCUGCGGUCCCCAAGGCCUUGCUUCUAUCCGUGUGUGCCAAGAGCCUUGUAGGACCUACAGAGGAUAAAGACGGUCAGGAACUUGACAUUGAGGAUAUGGCAGACCAUAGUCGUGUUGGUGUGCAAGCCAUUGCUGAGCUUGAGAUGCGUCACACAGCACUCCAUUUGCGCCACACCAUCCAGCCACUGGAAACACGUGGCGCUGCCGUGCCGACUGCCGAGAGCCUCCAAGCUGAGGCAACUCCAAUUCCUGGUGACCUCUACAAGCAUCAACAAGGCCAGGUACAAGGCGUUCUGCUCUCGGUCCCCACCCCCUGCUCAGCUCCCACCAUGCGCCGAUAGCUUGGAGCAGCACGUCAAACGGGCCAACUACCAGGCUGGUGUGUGGAAACGGGCACUGGUCGCAUCCCCAGACCUACCCAGCAUCAGUGAUCAUGGAUGGAGGGUAGACGACUCUAAUGUCAUGAUCAUGUGGGGUCUUCUUCCUCCUGCACCACCAGAGCUGAUGGCGAUCAUCCGGUGUGCCUGCGCCACUGGAUGUUCAACGCGCCGGUGCUCAUGCCUACAGUCCUCCAUUUCUUGCACCGAUGCAUGCCAAUGCAGUUCCUGCGCGAAUCCGCACAAUGCUGUGUCCGAAGUGCUUGCAGCACCUACACUUCAUGGAGACAAUGAAGACAGUGCUGAUGAUGAAGAUGGUCAAACUGAUGAUGUUGACAACCCCUCCCACGAGAUCGCGGAAUAACUGCUGAACAUCAGCUUUCCAUGGAUUUCUGGUCACGUGUUUACACCGGGGAAGUGAGCUGCGUUCAACCAAGUGUAGCUGGCAGUCCCCAACAGAACAUUCCAGGUCAACCACUUCCAUCGUGCUUUUCGACAGCACGCCUCAGUAUGUUCGCUGUGCACUUGUACCUGGUCAUGUUCCAUGCUAUUUCUACUGUUUGCCUGUACAGGUUAUGCCAGCAUACUUACUAGUCCUACCGAUACUGUCACUGCAUGUAACUAGGUUAUAAG